CCACACUCUCUUCCCAUGCCCCCAGCUCCGCGUCGCCGCCGCCAACGCGCCACCGCGCCGCCGUGGCCCUGCGCCCCCGCCGCUCCGCUCCGGCCAGCAGGCCCCGCGCCCGCCCUCCACUCCCCUGCUCGCCAGCGCGGGUCGCACGCACGCGCCCGACGGAUCGAGCAUCCUGUGCCGCCCGCCCUCGGUGCCCCGGCCCCCGCGCACGCGUCUCCCGUGCCGCCAGCCCUCGGCACCGCUGCCGGCGGAGGGCGACGCCGCCGCGUCGUGGGACUUGUGCGAGUGACUCGGCGACCCCGAUCGUCUUCGUCGGCGUUGCGGGUCUUCCUGCACCGCAUCGACUCGCCACUGCACCGACUCUCUACCGCCCCGCUACCCUUACCUCACCGGCACCAUAGGCCGAGAACGAGAGGAUGGCUUAGGAGCUGCGAGACCUAGCGGCGAGGACUGAGAAGGCUGAGCGGGAACGACAGGCCGAGCGGGCCGAGCGGGAAAGGCAGGCCAAGCAGUUGGCGGAGAUUAUGGCGUACCUGCACAACAUUGGCCACCUCACCGGUGUACAAGCGCCGCAGUUCACUCCACCGCCGCAAGUUUUCGCUAGCCCGCCUCCGUCGGCGGGUUCGAAUAACCCAUCUCAGGCGCAAGCAGGCAGGACGGUGCUUUUUCCUUCACCAGGCACUCAGUUUCCACCCUAGCUCUAGUUUGUUUAUCUUUUUCGCCACUUGAUGGACAUGUGAUGGACUGUGAACGACUAUCGACCUGUGAAGAUGGAUAUUGAACCUAUUAUGUUUAUGUCGUAGUGUAUGUGAGAUAUUGUGUGCUUGUGAUGUGAUAUAUAUGUGGAUUUGAGUUUGUGAUGAGAUGAAUGCCAUAUAUAUGUGCUAUAUUGUGUUUGUGAUAUCA